GAGCGUCGUGCGUCAGUUGGCAAUUGACCAUGGCGUCCGCCGACUCGCCGCAUUUUGUCGACAUAGCAAUGGACACGACGCUUGCGACGGCGCUGAUCCGCGUCAAACUGCCCGCGUUUCCCGAGGUCGCGGCCAUCGCGGAUGUCAAGGUCGGCUUCAACAACCGCUGCUAUGUCGUGACAACGCUGGACCAUCGCUCGUACAUCCUUCGGCUCACCAAAGACUCGUGGCCUGCGACCAAGAUCGUUGCAGAAGCCGCAUCGCUUGCCGCGGUGCGCUAUUUGAAGCUCGACAUUCCUGUGCCCAAGCUCGUUGCUUUCAACGAAAUCAGCGAUCCGACGUGGCACGUGCGCUGGAUGCUCAUGGAAAAGCUGCCGGGUCGGCUCCUCGACGACGUUUGGGAGAGCGUUGAUGAGGCCACGCGAGCGGACCUUGCGCGCCAGAUCCAGACGAUUCUGAAAACGCUCCAAAAGCCGCGCUUCUCUCAGAUUGGCGGCUGGGUCUUUGACGACGAUGGGACAACCCCGGUCGUAGGCCCGUACUUUGACGGCAACUGGGGCCCAUUCGACUCGGAGGCUGACUGGCUGCGCACGCUCUUUGAGAACCAAGUGCGCCAGACGCUGACUGCAGAGGUGCUGGCGCCGCUUCGAUCCCUCGUGGCGCCUGCGCGCGCUGCACUGGUACUGUACCUGGAGACGACGAUGUCGCCGUCGCCGAUCGUGCUCUUCCACGGAGACUUUGCGUUUCGUAACAUGCUCGUCGACGACCAGAAUGUGGUAUCUGGUAUUCUGGACUGGGAGUGGUGCGGUGUGAUGCCUCGCUGGCGCGAGUACGUCGACGUAUCGUUUGAGGACCGGAACGUUCUGAGCUACGUUCCGUCACUCCAGUACGAAAACAGUGAAGAGUACACACAACGCUGGCACGUGCACCAACUCAUUCAAGGGUUUGCCCCGUGGCAGAUUGGCGCCUGGCCAGAAAAGGACGCGCAGUACGUGGCCGAGGCCAUCGUGACCAUCGAGGCCGCCAUCGCGCAUCUCAAGGCGUGCACCACCAACUAGCAAGGCCUCGCAGGCAAGGUCCCCAUGAUUCUUUAACGGACUGUAAGCGCCAUGCUCGAG